GCUCCCGGAGCCUCUCAGGCCCGCGCCCUCGCCCCGCGCCUGCAGCCCGCCCAGGCGGAAUCAGCCCGCGCUCCGGGCUCGGAGGUCUGCGCUCCGGGCUCGCCGCCCCCCCCCACCCCGGCCGGCUUCGCGCCCCGCACUCCCGGCGCCUAGAGCCCCCGCCGGCGGAGCGCACCAUGCCGCAGCUGGACUCCGACGGGGGGGGCACGGGCGGCAGCGACGACCUCGGCGCGCCUGACGAGUUGCUGGCUUUCCAGGAUGAGGGCGAGGAGCAGGACGACAAGAGCCGCGACAGUGCCGCGGGCCCCGAGCGCGACCUGGCUGAGCUCAAGUCGUCGCUCGUGAACGAAUCUGAGGGCGCGGCGGGCGGCGCGGGGAUCCCGGGGCCCGGCGCCGGGCCCCGCGGAGAGGCCGAGGUCGGGGCCGAGGCUCUCGGGCAGGAGCGCACUUCGCAGAGACUUUUCCCAGAUAAACUUCCAGAGUCCUCGGAGGACGGCCUGAAGGCCCCUGAGUGCGCCAGCGCCAUGUACAAAGAGACCGUCUACUCUGCCUUCAAUCUGCUCAUGCACUACCCACCCCCCUCAGGAGCAGGGCAGCACCCCCAGCCGCAGCCGCCGCUGCACAACAAAGCCAGUCAGCCCCCUCACGGUGUCCCCCAACUCUCCCCUCUCUAUGAACAUUUCAGCAGCCCGCACCCGACGCCUGCACCUGCGGACAUCAGCCAAAAGCAAGGAGUUCAUAGGCCUCUGCAGACCCCUGACCUCUCUGGCUUCUAUUCUCUAACCCCAGGCAGCAUGGGACAGCUCCCUCACACCGUGAGCUGGCCCAGCCCUCCUCUCUACCCCUUGUCCCCUUCCUGCGGAUAUAGACAGCACUUCCCUGCCCCCACUGCAGCCCCUGGCACCCCCUACCCCAGGUUCACCCACCCAUCCUUGAUGCUAGGUUCCAGUGUAGCCGGUCAUCCCGCAGCCAUCCCCCACCCGGCCAUUGUACCCCCCUCAGGGAAGCAGGAGCUACAGCCUUAUGACCGCAGCCUGAAAACACAGGCAGAGUCCAAGGUGGAGAAGGAGGCCAAGAAGCCAACUAUCAAGAAGCCCCUCAAUGCCUUCAUGCUGUACAUGAAGGAGAUGAGAGCCAAGGUCAUCGCAGAGUGUACACUUAAGGAGAGUGCUGCCAUCAAUCAGAUCCUGGGCCGUAGGUGGCAUGCACUGUCGCGAGAAGAGCAGGCCAAGUAUUAUGAGCUGGCCCGCAAGGAGAGGCAGCUGCAUAUGCAGCUAUAUCCAGGCUGGUCAGCACGGGACAACUACGGAAAGAAAAAAAGGCGGUCAAGGGAAAAGCACCAAGAAUCCACCACAGAUAACUCUCUUCACUAUUCCUAGGAGGAAAAAGAAAUGCAUUCGGUACUUACCCGGAGAAGGCCGCUGCCUCAGCCCCAUUCCUUCCGAUGACAGUGCUCUAGGCUGUCCUGGGUCCCCAGCUCCCCAGGACUUGCCCUCAUACCUUCUGCUGCCCUGCAUCCCUACAGAACUGUUUUCUAGUCCUGCGGAGUUGGCAUCUACACCCCCAGGUCUCUCCACUGCUCUAAGCCUUCCAGCCUCAGUGCCCCUACAAGUGCCCCACAGUGCCCUGCAGAGUACCCAGGUACAACAACAGGAAUCUCAAGAGACAGGCAGCCUAGCAGGCACAGGACACCUGGCUUCCUCCAGGGACCCACCACCUGAGAGGAAGCAAGAGGCCCAAAUCACGUGGAAACGAGCUGGGGGUCCUGUGAACACCAUCUCAGUGUCCAGACCUUGAAGAUUUCGGAGGCUGCAACAACUUCUGCCUAAACCUGAGGCCGUUGAUUCAAACUGCUCUGAAUGGUGGGAAUCAGAUCUGUGUUGAUGUGUCAUCUGAUUAAGUGCAUCUCUUGUACCUA